AGGGUAGCAAUGCUCCAGUUAGCCGUUAUUUACCUGCUAGUCCCGUGGACGUCAAAAUCACCUACGCUCCCAAACGACAGGAGAUCUCCAAGACCACGUACGAGCACGACGUUAACACUUUCUUCUUAGACACCAAUCUUCACGCAGGCCAGAAACUGAAGCUGCAUUUCCCCAACACCCAAAACGACGCCAAAUUCUUGACCCGCAAAGCCGCCGAAUCCAUGCCCCUUUCGACCAACAAGUUGCCCGAAAUCCUCAAACACUUGGGGAUAAAACCCGAUUCGAUUCAAGCCAAUAGAGUGAAGACCGCCAUCGAACAGUGCGAGGCACCCGCCAUCAGAGGGGAGGACAAGUUCUGCGCAACAUCACUCGAGUCGCUGAUCGAUUUCGGGGUCUCGAAGCUCGGAAGAGGAGUUCAGGUCUACUCAACGGAGGGGAUUAAGGGUGACAAUGGGACGAAGCAGGUUUAUAGCAUCUCCAAAGGAGUGAAGAAGAUAGGAGAGAGGUCGGUCGUUUGCCACAAGCAGAAUUAUGUUUACGCAGUGUUUUACUGCCACGAAAUCCACGCAACGACGGCUUACAAGGUGUCGUUGGUGGGUUCCGACGGGACAAAUGUUGAGGCGGUGGCGCUUUGCCACGCUGAUACUAGUUCUUGGAGCCCUCAGCAUGUUGCUUUUCAGAUGCUCAAAGUGAAGCCCGGAAGCGUUCCCAUUUGCCAUUUCGUGUCUAGGGACAAUCUUGUGUGGGUCCCCUAAAUAACUAGCUAUAUAUAUACAUGUAUAUGUAUAUAUAACUAAAAAAGUUCCAUCAUAUGUAGUUGUUGGUGUCAAUUCACUAUAUAAGUGCACGUGCAGAAUAAGUAAUAAAAUAAAUAAGUAGAGUAUUAUUCUC